AUGGCUUCGACGAAUAUAUAUCCACAAAAGAGCUUCCACAUUUUUGGAAAAGGUAUCGCUUUCAGCGUCUCGCCCACCAUCCACAAUGCCGGCUUUGAACACUAUGGCCUUCCCUACAACUAUACAAUUCGGGAGUCCGACAGUAUCGAUGAGGUUGCUUCCUUGAUUUCAGACGAGCGAUUCGGCGGAGCAAGCGUCACAAUGCCACAUAAGCUCCAAGUCCACAAAUUUUGUGACAAACAGACCAAGACAGCCCAACUCAUUGGUGCCAUCAAUACCCUCAUUGUGGAGGGAAGUGGAGAUCAGCGAACAGUGACAGGCGACAACACCGACUGGUCCGGCCUUUACAGCAUCGUUGUUUCGCACUUCAGACAAAAGGAACAGCAACCCAAUGUUGGGCUUGUGAUUGGAGCCGGAGGAGCAUCACGGGCUGCACUAUACUCCAUGCAUCAAGCUGGAAUCAAGAAAAUCUUCCUGGUCAAUCGAACCCUGGCAACGGCGGAGAAAGUGAAGCACGAUUUCAGCCAAGCAUUCGACAUCAAGGUGAUCGCGAGGCUUGAGGAUCUCUCUGAUAGCCCAGAUGUUAUAAUUGGCACUGUUCCAGCAGAUACUACAUCCGAAAGCCAGUUCUCUUCGUUGUUCGGGCCACAGGGUCUCUGUGUUGAUAUGUCAUACAAGCCAAGACAAACUCCGCUCUUGACAGCAGCCCAGAAGCAUCAAGGAUGGGAUACAGUGACGGGUGUGGAAGUACUUCUCGCACAAGCGUUUGAUCAAUUUCGCCUGUGGACGAAAUUAGAGCCGCCAAGAGAAGUUAUGGCUGAAGCGAUUGCUGCUCUUGAUAAGAAGAGGCAAGGGGCAGCUGUAGUUCAAAGUGGCAUGCUCUAG